CCACCUUGCUUAACUUCAAAGUAAAUCACAUUUUCUUAAUUUUUUUUAUCUUGCUUCUUCAGACAUACACUUAAACUCUGUUUAGUUCAAUCAAACUAAAUACUCUCUUUCAAAAGCUUCUUUGUUUCUUCUUUGACCACUACCAUGAUCAUGGACAAGUCGAGAAACAGAGCUGAGGAAGUAGUUUCAAAAGAUUUGAUUCCCGGUUUACCUUCCGAGUUAGCUAUGGAAUGUUUGGUUAGAGUUCCAUACCAACAUCAAUCCGCCAUGAGAUCCGUUUGCCGUUCUUGGAAAAGCUUACUCUCCGACCCUUCAUUCACCAGAGAGCGGCGGAGAUGCGGCAAAGCAGAGCUUCUCCUCUGCCUCGUCCAACCGCUUCCGCCGCCGCCAAAUUCAGCGACUAAAGCGGUCGGAGAGACGGAGACACCGCUGGGGGUGGAGGUGGAAAAAUGUAAAAAGCGCGUUUCCUGCACGCCACGGUUUGGUUUGAGCGUUUACAACGCUACAAUGGACAAGUGGAACCGCGUCGCGUUUCCCCAGCUACAGAUCCCUCUUUUCUGCGAGUGCGUCGUGGUUCAAGACGCAGGGAAGAUUCUGCUCAUCGGCGGGUGGGAUCCGGAGACGUUACAGCCGGUGAAAGACGUUUACGUUCUCGAAGGAAGCGGAAGGAGGUGGAGACGAGGAGCGCCGAUGAAAGAAUCGCGUUCCUUCUUCGCCUGCGCAUCCGUGGGCUCAGCGCAAGUGUACGUCGCGGGAGGACACGACGAGCAGAAGAACGCCUUACGAUCAGCUGAGGUGUACGACGUGGAGAAAGACGAGUGGUCAACGAUCCCAUCGAUGGCUGAAGGAAGAGACGAGUGCCAAGGCUUCUCCAUGGGGACGGAGCUAGGAUUCUGCGUUUUAAGCGGUUACGCAACGGAGUCUCAAGGAAGGUUCCGAACGGACGGAGAAGUUUACGAGCCUAGGACAAAGUCAUGGUCAAGAAUCGAAAACGUAUGGCCGUUUCCGGAUACUAGCCCUAGAGGCCGCACCGUUGUAGUAGACACUAGAGGCUCCUCCAGGUUAUGCUGUUUCACAGACCGUGAGUUACAAAGCCAGGGCCAAUGGGAAGCUAAAGAUAAUUCAGAAAAAUGGAAAAUGGAUGUUCAAGUCACACAGCUUCCGACGAGUGGAAGUUCAGUUUAUGUUGGAAGCUCUAGAGGUGAAGCGGUGGUAAUGAUCGGCGGAAGAAGAGAGAAUAAAGGAGUGAUGAUGAAGACAACGGAGAAGAAUGUUGGAAAGUGGAGUCAUGUCCAUGACAUACCUUUUGGUUUCUCCACACUUCCAUUCUCACAUGCUUCAAUCUAUGUCUGAAUAAUCUGAUAUAUAGAUUAUCAGCAUAAGCUUUGACUCCUCGUAUGAAUAACUUGGAAGAUCAUUUCAAAAGUAUUUUGGAAUACAACAUAUACUAGAGGUUAAUUUUAUUACCUUUUUUUGGAUCCAAUGGAGAAUAUAGAAAUGUGGUUGCGCUCUCA